AUGGCUUCGAACCCGAACUCGUCUUCAUCCACGCUCGCGCACGGGCCCGAAGCGCCCCCGGGCGUCCCGCAGCCCUCGGCGCAGAGCCACGCGUACACGCCCAGCACGCCACACUCCCCCGGACCUUUCUCGCCCUCGUUCGACCCGAACGUCCCGACGCCCGCCGCGCACAUCACCCCGGUCCAGCUGUACCCGUUCGCGGACGCCCCCGCGACGCCGUACCACGCGUACGCGCUGCACCCGCAGCUGAGCGGGUACGCCGGCAUGGGCGCGAUGGGCGCGGGGCCGGGCUUCGUCGGGACGGACGCGGCGAACGCGCUGUGGGCGCACCGGCUCUCCGCGUCGUUCGGCGCGAUCGCGGACCAGAUCUCUCAGGCGAGCAAGGCACUCGCCCCGUCGCCGAUGCCGACGCCGAGCUCGGUCUCGUCGACGCACUCGAUGGGCGUCGUGCCGCGGAGCUCGAGCGGGCCGGAGGUCGUCGCGCUCGCGACGCGGAUGGACAUCAUCGAGCGCGCGCAGGAGCAGCUCGCGCGGGACGUGCAGGCAGUGCAGGCGCAAAUGGCGCGCACGCUCGUGACGGUGCAGGAGGCCCAGGCGGCGGCGGCGGCGGCGGCCACCGGGAACGUCAACGGGAGCGCGGUGUCGAAGCGGCAGAGCAUGGGGCAGGUGGAUGUCGUGGAGGUCAAUGACGGAAUCGAGGAGGUGCCGCAGAGCGAGUUCAAGAGCGCGACGGAGAUCGCGGUCGAGGAGCUGCAGCGGAAGGUGGAGGGGAUCAUCGACACGAUCAAGCUCGACCAAUCCCGCCUGUACGCGCGCCUGCACAACGCGACGAUCACGUCGAACAAGAUGACGAUCAUGGCCCCCGCGACGGCGGCGGGCAAGGCGCCGCCGAACUUCCCGACGACCAAGGGCGAGUUCGAGCACCUGACGAAGGAGCGGUACGAGGCGAUCCUCAAGGCGUACAACGUCCCCGCCAAGGGCGACACCGCCACGAAGCGCGAGACGCUGCGCGAGUUCAUCGGGCUCACGCCUGCCGCGCACUGA